UUGAUUACGUUUUUAUCAGUUGACCGCCAUAAAAUCUUAUUAUAUAAAAGUGAAAAGUGGAAGAUUUAAGCUCAACGUGUCUUGCAGUGGCCACUUCGGCCACUGUCCACCUGGCACUCCGGCAGUUUGGCGCUUAGCAGUUGACAGUUUGGCACUUCAACAGUUGCGUUGUAUGUAAGUUGUUAGAUACCAUACACUAGUACAUUUUUGUAGUUAUUAAUUAUUGUUCUGUAAAUGUUAUAGAUAUAUUUAUAUUAUUGUUUUUACUUACCUAUUGUUGAUAAUGUCUGACUUUGAUUCUGUAAUUACAUUGCUUAAAAAAUAUGAUCAAGAACAUAUUUUUAAGUUUUGGAACAAACUCGAUGAAAAAGAAAAAGCCUUUCUGUUGGAAGAUAUCUGUGAACUGAACAUUCCUGAAGUUGUUGAAAUGUUUAAAAAUACUGUAGAAAAUAUGAAUGUCAAUCAACAAAAAUUGGAUAAUAGAAUGAGCCCUAUACCCGCUGAACUUUAUGGUGCUAUGAACCGCUGUCCUAAAGAACUUUUGAUUAAGUAUGAGCAGAUGGGACUUGAGCAGAUAUCCCAAGGUAAAGUCGGAGUUUUGUUAAUGGCUGGAGGGCAAGGUACAAGGCUUGGAGUUAACUACCCUAAAGGUAUGUAUGACGUCGGUUUGCCAUCUCAUAAAUCAUUAUUCCGUAUUCAAGGAGAACGUAUUCGCUGUCUGAUUAGGCUAGCAAAUAAAAAUUUUGGAAGCAGUAAAGGUUUACCUUGGUUUAUAAUGACUAGUGAACACACUAUGGAACCUACUCGGAAAUAUUUUAAGGAAAAUAAUUAUUUUGGCCUAGAUGAAAAAAAAGUUAUAUUUUUUGAACAAUAUAUGUUGCCAGCAUUUACAUUUGAUGGGAAAAUCAUUAUGGAAGGUAUAAAUAAAAUUUCUAAAUCUCCAGAUGGUAAUGGUGGUAUAUAUAAAGCUUUACGUGAUCGUAAUAUACUGGAUGAAAUUAAAAGGCUAGGUGUUGAAUACCUCCAUGCUCAUAGUGUAGAUAAUAUAUUAGUUAAAGUAGCAGAUCCAAUAUUUAUUGGGUAUUGCAUAACAAAGAAUGCUGAAUGUGGGGCAAAAGUUGUUGAAAAAACAUAUCCCUCUGAGCCACUAGGUGUUGUAUGUGAGGUUGACGGAAAAUUUCAAGUUGUUGAGUAUAGUGAAAUCACUGAAAAUACAGCUAAAAAAAGAAAUCCUGAUGGCCGCUUAACUUUUAGUGCUGGUAAUAUUUGUAACCAUUUUUUUACUACAGAUUUUUUAAAUGAUGUUGCUUACAAAUAUAAUAGUAAAUUAAAAUUGCAUGUUGCUAAAAAAAAAAUUCCUUAUAUAAAUGAUGUUGGCACUGUAUGUAAACCUGAAGAACCAAAUGGUAUCAAAAUGGAGAAAUUUAUUUUCGAUGUUUUUGAAUUUUGUAAUCGUCUUGCUGUUUGGGAAGUAGAAAGAGAUGAAGAAUUUAGUGCUUUAAAGAAUGCAGAUGUGCCUAAUGGCAAAGAUAACCCUAAAACUGCUCGCUUGGAUGUCUUUUCACUUCAUAGAAAAUUUGUUGAAAAAUCUGGUGGAAAAUUUAAAACAGAAAACAUUGAAUGUGAGAUUUCACCUCUUUUAUCUUAUGCUGGUGAAAAUCUUAAGGUUUUAGUUGAUGGUAAAAUUUUUGAUUCUGUACUAGAAUUAAAAUCUGUUGAAGAAGUAUCCAAUAAUAAAAAUUAAAUUUUUGUUUUAUUUGUACCGUAUGACAACUACCUACCUACAUAGUGGGUAUUCCUAAUUAAAUGUACUUUGUUAUGAAUUUCAAAGAUUAGGUAUCAAUUUUUUAAAUUUAUGAUUGAAAAUUAUUUUUUAAAUAUCUAACAGUGUUUUAUACAAAAAUUGCCUACA